AUGAGAAUCACUAAGGCAACAGUUUUUAACUUUGUGUUAAGCCUUCGCCGAUUAAUUUUCUUGACUAUGAGAAUUGGCCGAUGUUACAUUAAUUACCUCACUCUUUGUAAGCUUAAAUCCAGCAGAAAAGAAAAGCGUUUUGGAUUCAGAACGUCUAGAAUACUUCUGAGCUCUCUGCUGUCAGGAAAUGAUUUUUCUCCACCCAGGAAUCAUUUCAAUGUUUUAUUCAGCAAUGAAACAUUCAGUUAUCACGUGUUUCCUUUCAUAUCCCUUCUAAGGUCACAUGAUAUGGCAACACUUUAA